UUUCCAGAACGACGUCGUGUCGUCUUCCUAAUUUUCGUUUGCAGUCAAGGCGAACUCGCCUCAAACGACAACUUUCAGCUCCUGAGACACCAACGGAGGAAUAAUAAUUGAACCACCCCCUCGAUCGAUUCCAUUCAAGUUGUGUUCGCGGUUCGAUUCAGGUCAGCAGAGAAAAGGUUCAAAUUUUUAAGAGCUCUGCGAAUUCAGUUUGAAAUGGAGAAUUCAAAUUCUGAAGAUAUAUGCAGCGUCGAGCCGAUUGGUGAUGAAAGAAUCGGCGAUCCGGCGUCGACGAGUUCAUCUUAUAGAUUGUUCGGGCGUCAGGCUACUGUUCAUCAGAUGAUGGGUGGGGGCAGAGCUGCUGAUGUCAUACUUUGGAGGCGUCGUCAUAUGUCAUGCGGCAUAAUUAUUGUUGCCACAUUUUCCUGGUUGUUAAUUGAGCGUUCAGGGAUAUCAUUCUUAUCGCUUUGGUCAGAUAUCUUGCUAAUUUUAAUUGUUCUGCAGUUUCUUCGGGCAAACUAUGCUGUCUUAAGAAAAAAACAACUUAAGACCCUACCCGAACUUGUUCUAUCCGAAGAAAUGGUAAACAAUGCUGCUGCAUCAUUUCGUGUCAAAAUCAAUUACAUGCUGCUUAUGGCUCAUGAUAUUACUCUUGGAAAAGAUUUCAAACUCUUUUUCAAGGUUGUGAUAUCUUUGUGGAUUUUGUCUGUGAUUGGUGGCCUUAUAUCUUUCUUCACUCUUGCAUAUACAGGCAUCAUCAUUUCAAUAACAAUCCCAGUUCUCUACGACAAAUUCAAAGACCAAGUGGAUAGCUGUGCUGGGAUGAUUCAUCGCAAGUUUUCCAAGCACUACAAGAUUGUGGAUGAAACUUUGCAAAGCAGACUACCUAGGACAUUAUCAAGAGACAAAGAUUCUUAAUCGGAAUUAGCUUUCAAGCACUACAACAUCCUUCUUCCGACUGUGUAGAAAUCACAAAUGCCAAUGCCAGGUUCCUUUCCCUUUCUCUGCAAUUUGACUGACCAAUUGUCUCUUGAUUCUAUUAUAUAGUCAUAGGCAGCUGAAGAAGAGUGUCGAAACAACUUAAUCAUUUCCAAUUUGUUUUAGGACAAAUAAAGCACAUGGAUGUUGAUGAUGCAAAAUUUAAAGCCUCUUCUUAACCCUGUUUGUAUAUGCUAAUACUGUUAAUCGAUUCUAGAUAUUCGUGAGCUCGAUAAGGUUUGAUUUGUUGAGGCUUAAGCUUAGGCAAGUAAUUAUAUUAAACAAGUCGAAGUUCGAUAAAUACCCAAACAUUUAGUGAG